UUAGGAUAAAAUUAUGGGUAAUAUUAUACGUGUAUUAGCACUGGUGGUUGAAUUACCGGCCACUGUAUUCAAGUGCCGCAAAAGGUUUACCGGUAAUCAGCGUCUGGACGGCCGGGUAGUUGUCAUAACCGGUGGUAAUGGAGGUAUUGGCAAAGAGACGGCGUAUCAACUGUCACUGAGGGGCCCAAAGAAAAUAAUCAUCGGUUCCCGGAAUACCGUGACUAACGAGCGGGCGGUGAGUGAACUGAAACGCCGUAACCCCGGGACGGAUGUGACGGCACUGGCGCUGGACUUGGCGUCACUCGAGUCCGUCCGCGAGUUUGCCAAACGGGUGGCAGAAAUCAAACCCAUAGUCGACGUACUCAUCAAUAACGGGGCCGCCCGGCCCUACGCCGACCCCUACACUCAGUUCCGGACUAACUAUUUAGCCCGGGCGCACAUUCAUACUAAACUGGCCAUGGUGUUAUUUGCCAAAGAGCUAGCUAAGCGAUUAAAAUCUUCCGGAAUCAGCAAUGUCAAAACGUACUCAAUUAACCCGGGAAUUAUAGAUAGUAGACCAGGGGCAGAUUCUGAUAUAUCUGCCAAUAUACUGUUCAGAUGUUUUAAGACCUUGUUUAUGUUGCCGGCUGAUAUGGGGCCGCAACCCUACUUACACUGUGCCCUGGAUGAUGAGCUCGCAAAUGAGUCUGGUCACUUUUAUGAGUAA